GCAACCUGACGGGCGAGCUAAGCGGCGAAGGCGGCGGCAGUGUUGUUCCGGUGUUGGGGCCAACGAGAACGCGGUACGGUCGCAAGUACGCGGCACGAGCGCCGCCGUGUUGUGCUGUGCUGUGUGUUCGUCUGGAGAGCAAAUAAAAAUUCCAGGUUUUUUUUUUUUCUUAAUUAAAAAAAUAAUAAUAAUAAUAUUUGGAAAAAUCCGUUUCGCAUGGGCUGCGACCUGGGCAAAUUGGCCAGCUCGGCCGCGUCCGGCGAUGACCGCGGUGCCGGUAGUAAACACAAGGACAGGUUGGAGGAGCCGCCUAGUCCCGGGCCGCCCGACCCGCGACUUCCCCUGACGGCCAAACAGAAAUACAGCAUGAUCGCAUCGUGGAAAGGCAUAUCCAGAGCCAUGGAACCCACCGGAGUGUACAUGUUCAUCAAGUUAUUUGAAGAGCAUCAAGAGCUACUCCAGUUAUUCACCAAGUUUGGCGAACUCAAAACCAGGGAUGCACAAGCCAACAGCAUGGAGUUGGCCGAACAUGCCAAUAAAGUCAUGUCCACCCUUGACGAGGGCAUUAAAGAGUUAGAUGACUUGGAUAGUUUCUUCCAAUACCUGACCCAAGUGGGUGCUACGCAUAGGAAUAUACCGAAUUUUAAUCCUGAUUAUUUUUGGGUAACUUUUAUUUCAAAAAAUGAAAGUUUUAUGCUCAUGACUUGUAUUUCACAGCAUUAAAGUUACCGCGAAACGCUUUUAUUAAUAAUAUAAAACAGUUGUUGUUUAAAAAAUAUGUAUUAAUUAAGUUUCAUGUGGGUAAUUUUUUAAAACAACAGUUGUGUAACUGGUUUAAGUCCUACUCGAAACAUCAAUUACACAUUCGUUUGCAGCUGCCGACAUUUUUUUCAAAAAUGAAGUUCUUACAAAUAAUAUGCAAGCCUCGUGAGUUAUAACUAAUGUAAUAUCUAAUUUAAACGACGAACACAAGAUUAAUUAAAUUUACAUAAUUAAUAUGAGUUCAUAUUGUUAUACCGACAAUUAUAAUGAAGAUAAAUAUCCUCCUAACGUCUUAUUUAAGCCAAGCAAAUAGCACUAAAAUAUAUUUUAUAAUCUAAAAUUCACGGAUGGACGUAUUAAAUUCUGUUUGAUUAUAAGACAGUAUUUGAUAUUUUUUAUCAGAUAGCCUUUGGUUUUAAAUAUCUUCAAUGCUCUACAACUUGAAUACACUUGUGUCUUGCAAGUCCAUAACCAGGGGUCAGUGGAGGCUUCAGGGACAAGUAUCUUUCUCUGCAUUUUUUUAUUAUCAAAUAUUAUCAUAGUUUGUGGUUUGGCAUACAAACUAUAUAAAACUAGUGCCCCCACCCCCUAAAAAAUAAACAAAUUGUUGGUUACAUAACUAGUUUCUGUUAAAAUUAACAUUCGUCAUAUUAUGUCAAAAGUGGUUAUGGGUUAUCUCAGAAAAGUAAGGACAUUGCAUUAAGUUUUUACCGAGUUGACGAUAUACCUAUAUGUUAUUAAGCAAAGUUUUUUGACAGAAUAGUGAGGAAUAAUAUUAAAAAUUGAGUAAUGGAAUCACUAUUGUCGGCACAACAAUUAGAAAGUGUACAAAAUGAGUUGCUGUUUAAAACCGAACUUGAUGAUGCCACGGAAAGGUAUUAUUAUUGUUAUAGGUUUUGACGUCGACACGGCCUUCUUAACGUGGAAACUAUAUUACAAUUGCAUGUCUGCUUAGGAAUAUAUCAUGAAACCAUGUUUUGUUAGACGGACACUAAACUAGUAAUCUGUACGUUUCUGCACAUAAUUUAUGUUGGUAGGUGGUUAAGUUUCUAAAAAUCUAAAACCACAAUGUUGACCAGAGAAGAGCAUUUGUAGAGGAAGCUGAAGGCACAGAUUCAAAUUGUGUAUUUAAAAUGAGGAUUUUUGACUAAAUUGCUUAGGACGAAAGAGAUUGAUGUAGUUUGUUUAGGUUCUAAGAGUUAUAAUAUAAGAUAGGUUUGAUAUCAAAUUAGAUACAAGUUAACCAGAAAACGAACAGGUCUCUCAGGAUUGUCUAGCACAAAAAUGCAUUAACACACCAUAAGAAAAGCUAUA